UCAGUGACGUCCUGCCAGUCGACGUCGCUGUCAUGGAGGAAGUGAGAGGUGACGUCAGUGACGUCCUGCCAGUCGACGUCGCUGUCAUGGAGGAAGUGAGAGUGUUUCCCCUGACCUGUGCAGUGCAAAAUUAUGCUUGGGGAAAGAUUGGACUGGACAGUGAGGUGGCCAAACUGGUGGUUGGCGGAGACCCCCUCGUUGUCAUAGAGGUGGAUAAACCCUAUGCAGAGCUGUGGAUGGGUGCCCACCCCAAAGGCGACGCUCAGAUUAAGGACAACAGGAUUGCACAGACCACCCUGGGGCAGUGGAUCGCUCACUACCCCGCCUGUUUGGGCGCCAAGGUGAAGGACGCCUUCCAGGGUCAGCUGCCCUUCCUCUUCAAAGUCCUGUCCGUCAACACAGCUUUGUCCAUACAGGCCCACCCCAACAAGGAGCUAGCUGCCACUCUAAAUGCUAAGUUUCCAGAGCACUAUCCAGACAACAACCACAAGCCAGAAAUGGCAAUUGCUCUCACACGCUUCCAGGGACUUUGCGGCUUUAGACCAGUGGAGGAGAUCCUGGGCUUCCUUCAAGCUGUUCCAGAGUUCCACGCUCUUGUUGGUCGCGAUGCAGCAGAAGACCUACGGAGCAGCAUCGGAGACGAGGUUCGGACCAGCCAGGCUCUGAAGAAGUGCUUUUCAAAGAUGAUGAGCUGUGAAAAGAAGGUGUUUGUGGAUGAACUGAACGAGCUGGUAAAAAGGGUCACACAGGAAGGCGCAGCAGGGAAGGACACAUCAAGCAGCAACGGUGAUCUGCUGCUCCGCCUCCACUCCCAGUACCCCGGAGACAUCGGCUGCUUCUCCAUAUACUUCCUGAAUUAUAUGGUCCUGGAGCCAGGCCAGGCCAUGUUCCUGGGAGCCAAUGAGCCUCACGCUUACAUCUACGGAGACUGCAUCGAGUGCAUGGCCUGCUCAGACAACACGGUCAGAGCUGGCCUGACACGUAAAUACAUCGACGUAAACACACUGUGUGAGAUGUUGAACUACAAGCCUGCGUCUGCCUCCUCCAAAAUCUUCCUGUGUGUCCAGGACCCCGCAGACCCCUGUGUAACCCUGUACGACCCCCCAGUGCCAGACUUCACAGUCAUGAAGAUACAGGUCCCGGCCUCGGUGAAGGAGUACACGGUAGCUUCAGUUGACAGUGCCAGCAUCCUGCUGGUCAUCGAAGGUGACGCCACAGCAACCUCUGCCGCUGCUUUCUCCGACGUCACAAUGAGACGGGGGAGCGUCCUGUUUGUCUCGGCCAAUGAGAGCAUCUCUCUGCACGUCACCUCACAGUCAGGCAUGACCCUGUUUCGAGCCUGCAGCCUCCUGUAGCUGUUACCAAGCACCCAAAGCUACCUGUGUUUCUGUGGUUUGACGUAGGAAGUUCCUCAUUAUGAAUUGGGCCUGACUACUGAUGUGCACUACUUGGUAGGUGGUGUUAAAAUGGAAAGGUUUUCUGAUCCAGUUUUUGAAACAGUGUCUGUUGCUCUUUUUUAACCCUAAACACCCAGCAGACUGCUUGGAUUAUAACAGUCUUUCUUACAAAUCCGGGCUCAUCCUACAGGGUAAUAAUCAGUUUUAACCCUUUCUUUAACUCUAGUAGUUACAGUAUAACUUAUAAAUAGGAAACUAUGUACAUCCAGGUUCUGUAUUGGUGCUGGACAUUUAACCCCUUAGGUAAAAUCACCUAAAUGACUUUAACCAUUUAAAGAUUUCUAAUAAAGUAGUCAUUGUGAGGUUUUUAAAUGUUUCCAAAUCCUUUUAGUUCCCAUUUUUGAGCUUAAUGCAAACUAUAUAUAAAACAAAAACCUUGAUAUUAAAUCAGGCCACAGCAUCUAGUUCUUGGUGUGCUGAGAUUAAAAGCUCCAGAACAACCUCUCUUUCUAAAUAUGUUUUAGCAUAAUUUUCUCCAACAAAGGUCAAACUAAAUAAAGUGCCGAACCAGUGAGAGAAAAGCAGCAAUUUAUCAUCAGGUGUUUUAUUAAGAUCUUUGCUGCGUUAGGGAAGAUUAACACUCAUGCAGUGCACCACCUACUGGUCCUGUGUAGCACUACAAUCACCAUGUUGAGGAGAAAGCACGUCUGCUUUAAAAGCCAGCAUCUGUCUUCCCCUGGGAUCACUGGUGGAGGUCAUUUUAACCUUAUCUAUAAGCCUUCAAAUCUGGUCCUAUUUUAUUACCGUGGUGACAGUCUAAAUGAUGUAGUUAAAUAACAAUGAGAUUCCUGUUUAGGCUGAAUUUAGAACCGUCACACCUUCUGUUUUCAACCUGCCAGUUGUUUUUGAUCAUUAACACUGCAUGCGUACAUUUUGGACAUUUCCUAACAUUUGAACGGAGAUGAAUAUGACAAAUGGCAAAGAGCAGUUGACAAGACGGGGCCCAGCUGUAUGAAAUCAGGCAUGCUGGAGAAUUUUAACGUCUUGUUUAGCAAAAUUCAUAACUACCCUUCUUGUAAAACAAAGUGCCGCAUGCAUGGGGCGGGGGGGCAGCUUUUACAUGUUGAUCAGUCUUUGAAUACCUCCCAUUCUGGGUUGCUUCAUGUUUUCAAAAGUCCAGAUUUUUCCAGACUCUUCUGUCUAAGUCUAAUGUGUUUGGGAUUUAGUGUCAUUAUGUUCCAAGCCUUAGAAGCUCCAAAGUUGUGCUCAAGUCUUUUUGUAAAACCAGAAUGUCACGCACUUAAACGUAUUUUCAGGACAUGAUUUUCAUCUCAUCUGGAGAUAACAUCUUCAUCUUGUUUCAUCAUAGGUUCAGUAUGUUGGAGCGUCGUGAAAAUGUCUGGCUCGUUUUAAAGGAGUUACACUUUGGUUUUCUGGUUCUACAAGGAUAAGAGCUUCGGCUUGUUUUGACACUUUCAUCGUCAUAACAUGUUGACCCUUUCUUAUAACGGUUCAUUCGUCUCAUUAUGUCCAGAUAAUGGUAUCAUUUAUCUUGAAAAACUAGUUUAAUAUUCUUUAUUAUAACAGUUUAAUUAUUAGCUCCAUAUAACAAGGAUGCAACCUAUUAUAACACUUUACAUUUUUUUUUCUAAUUGUAAGAAUACCCUUGGUUACUUUUAUCUCAUCUUCCCUUGUUAUACGUUUAUCUCGACAAUGAAACCUUGAGUUUUUAAUCUUAUAACAGUUUAAUUCACUCAUUAUUUCAAGAUAAAAAGCUCCUGAGCUUUUUAUCUUGAAAUAACAGUUUAUAAUCUCAGUAUUUUGAGCUAUUCAGGUUGGGUUCUCCCUCGCUGAUCAAUGCACCACUAUUAUAAUCAGCAGUAUUGAAGGACUGCACUUGAUAACACACAAUUAUCACCCAUUUAUACCUAAUAAUAUUAAUGUUAUCUCAAGAAAGUAAAUUUUGUCUCAAGCAUAGAAAGGCAGUCAACUUGUAAGCUGAAGAAAAACCAGGGGAGGUAGGAACAACCUGAGCUUCUACAUGUAAGAUCACUCUGACCAAGUUGUUAUGAGAGAGUCUCAUUUUCAGGUCAUGGGAAAUGUAGACGAUUCUGCAAAUUCAAAUGGUUGAAAAUCCUUAGAUGAAUUUCCUUCAAGACAAUGAAGUAAUGCUGUUUAUAAGAUCCGGAUGUUUCUAUGAAUGAGGGGAAUGUCUCCAUCGUACGCUCAUUCGUGGUGACUUUUCAACAUGUUGGCCUGUGAUUCCUGGGUUGUUACUGGACGGUCCAACGUCCCUCUACUACUGCUUCAGGACAGGGUCACAGUGAAUUCAGCUCAUUAUGAAGGCCAAUUUCACCCUUGUAAACCAACAUUUAAACAUUAGUGUUGUCACUCUGCCUACCUGAUGAGUGAAUAAAGCCUACCUGCUGUGUUUUCCUGCAGGUUUCUCUUUAAGCGUAUCUCUACUUAGCUGCUCUCGUGUGUCUGGUCUUUGUUGCUGCUGAAAUUGGACAAAAGGAUGGAAGUACCUCACAGUGUUUUUAUUUGUCUCCUACCAUCUUGUCACGUUCUGCAGUUGUGACAUCAUAGUUUCAUCAGCGUUUAAUGUUGCUGUGUUUUUGAGUUUAAACACCACUUGUUACUGAUCUUGUCUGACGACGCCUCUCUGUUUUGAACACUGUAGAUCGAGGACUGUGCAAUGUUUCUGUUUGAGCUAGCUGUGUGGAAAAAUGUCUCAAAUCCAGAUACAGCUUAGAAUUUUGGGGGUUUUGUUGCUUUAUUGUAUGAGAAUGCAGAAAAUAUGAAUGUGAAAAGUGGUUUAAUAAAGUCUUGGAAUGCUACAGAA